GUGCCCUCGCCGCGAGCCGCCCAAUCGCCGCGGGCGCGCGGAGCCCCGGGGGGCUGGGGCCGCGGGCGGAACGUGCCGCGGCUGCGCCGACGCGCGAGCGCGGGGCCGGGCCGGGCGGGCGCGCUCAGCAAGCGGCGGCGGCGGCGGCGUGCGGACGGACAGACGCGUCGGGAGCGCAGCACCGCCCGCAGCCCAGCAGCCCGGGCCGCGCCCGCCCGCCGGUCCUCCCGCCCGCCAUGGUGUCGUGGAUCAUCUCCAGGCUGGUGGUGCUUAUAUUCGGCACCCUUUAUCCUGCGUAUUAUUCCUACAAGGCCGUGAAGUCCAAGGACAUUAAAGAAUACGUCAAAUGGAUGAUGUACUGGAUCAUAUUUGCCCUCUUCACCACAGCAGAGACGUUUACAGAUAUCUUCCUUUGCUGGUUUCCAUUCUAUUAUGAACUAAAAAUAGCAUUUGUAGCCUGGCUGCUGUCGCCCUACACAAAAGGAUCCAGCCUCCUGUACAGGAAGUUUGUCCAUCCCACACUGUCUUCAAAAGAAAAGGAAAUCGAUGACUGCCUGGUCCAAGCGAAAGAUCGAAGUUAUGAUGCCCUUGUGCACUUUGGGAAGCGGGGCUUGAACGUGGCGGCCACAGCAGCUGUGAUGGCUGCCUCCAAGGGACAGGGAGCCUUGUCAGAGAGACUACGGAGCUUCAGCAUGCAGGACCUCACCACCAUCAGGGGUGAUGGUGCCCCUGCUCCCUCAGGGCCCCCUCCACCGGGGACCGGGCGGUCCAGCGGCAAGCACGGCCAGCCCAAGAUGUCCAGGAGUGCUUCUGAGAGUGCCGGCAGCUCAGUGUGUACCUGCUGUGCCACCUGCAGGACCCGGAAAGUGGUUGAGGGAGAUGUGAAUGAGGGUGGUGUGAAGUCAUGGGAGCCCCACCAGGUCCAAAGCCCACUGGCGUUUUCUGACGAGGAGGAGGAGGACCUGUUGGAGUUCAUAUACAAGUAUAAGGCACCGAGGAGGACGGAGUUGCCCCUGGAGGCACCGCCUAGAACCCUUCGAUCCCGCUUCAAGAAGAAAAGUACCUCAUCCUCGGCCACUGAGACCACAUGAGUGAAAUGAGCCAACAGCACCGGAUCCACAGAUGUCUCUCCUCUGCCUUAAAGAGCUAGUCCUAGUACCAUGGAACCCGCAGGCUGGGUGUGCUUUGAGUGUGCAGCCUCACAGACAUGGCCUUUACUCGCUCCCCUCUUCUGUCUUUAAGACUCUUCUGUUCUCUUUCUUUUUUGUUCCUGCUGGGGAGAGGCUAAAGGGAAAAUGUGGUGGUGGAGGGUGACCUUACGUCUUCUGGGGUUAGGAACUUUCCACAGUUGGAUUGUCAUUGUGGCCACAGUGUUUCUAGAUAUAUAAGCACUCUUACCCUGAUGCUGCUGAGAUGUACAUUUGUAAUUUAUUUGUUGCAUAGUUUUUAGUCUUGUAAA